AUGUUAUUCGUUAUUCCGGAAAUAAUUCAAUCAAACGGAUAUCCAGUUGAAUCUCAUGUAAUUCAAACUACAGACGGUUAUCUCCUUACAUCGCAUCGUAUUCCGUAUGGGAAGUCACCUGAAGCGGGCCUACGAAGGGAUAAACCAGUAGUAAUUCUUCAGCAUGGUGUACUAUCAUCGUCUGCUGAUUGGUUAAUUAUUGGACCGGAAAAUGCCCUACCCUAUCUCCUUGCAGAUCAAGGAUAUGACGUAUGGAUAGGAAAUUCCAGGGGAAAUACUUAUUCCCGAAAGCACAUCACACUCAAUCCUGAUACAUCUUCCAAAUUUUGGGAUUUUAGCUUCCACGAAAUGGCUCUAUAUGACCUACCAGCUACAAUUGACUACAUCUUAAAGAGAACUGGGCGGAAAAAGCUGAGUUACGUUGGACAUUCUCAAGGAACAAGUCUCAUAUUCGCAAUGCUCUCAAUGCUACCAUCAUACAAUGAUCUAAUCAGUUCAGCUCAUACUUUGGCUCCUGCAGCUUUUAUGUCACACUCUAAAUCUCCACUUCUAUCUCUUCUUGCUAAUUUUGCGGAAACAUUUGGCGUAAUACAUGGUUUCUCCGAAAAUACUGAAUUUCUUCCUAGUGUUCCUUUUGUGCAAAAAACUCUUCAAUUACUUUGUCAAGAUGGCUCUCCAACACAGAAUAUCUGCCUUGGAUUUAUAUUUCAACUUUCAGGACCUGAUUAUGCGCAAUUGAAUACAACUCAAAUUCCUGUCAUUGUGGCAAAUGUACCAUCUGGAGUAUCAACUAAGCAAAUCAUACACUAUGUUCAGCUGUACAGAACUGGCCAUUUUAGGUCAUUCGAUUAUGGCCCUGUUAAAAACAUGCAAAAAUAUGGAUCAAAAAUUCCUCCAGACUACCCCCUUGAGCGCAUAGCAGCCCCAAUAUCUCUGCAUUAUAGUGACAAUGAUUGGGGAAUAGAUGCUGAAGAUGUUAUUAGAUUAAGUAGUAAAAUUCCCAAUCUUAUUGGUGCUUUCCGUGUGCCCUUUGCAAAAUUUAAUCAUAUUGAUUAUUUAGUAGCUAAAGACGCUAAAUCUCUACUGUAUGAUGAUUUAAUUAAAUUAAUUAGCAAA